AUGAAUAUGUUUAAGCUCAAUUCCCUCAACUCGUUGAGAGCUCUGAGGCAUCUCCACCAUUCCCAAUCUGCCGGUGUAAGAGCCCUCACCACCUGUUCGUCAUUAAUCCUCAGACAGUCGAACCCACUUCUUUCCCCUCCAUCUUCCUCUCCGUUUGCCCCCUCACACAAUCUGCUUGCCGUUCGGAACUACCGAAGCAGUCGCGAUCUCAGAAACUAUGAGAUUACGCCUCCGACGAAUUUUGGCAUUCGGAUUGUGCCUGAGAAGAAGGCCUUUGUGAUUGAGCGGUUUGGGAAGUACGUCAGGACUCUGGAUUCUGGUAUCCAUUUCUUGAUUCCCUUUGUGGAUAGAAUCGCUUAUGUGCAUUCCUUGAAAGAAGAGGUCAUCAAUGUUCCUGACCAGUCCGCUAUCACCAAAGACAAUGUCGCCCUUAUGAUUGAUGGUGUGCUUUACAUCAGGAUUAUGGAUCCUAUGCUGGCCUCCUAUGGCGUUGACAAUCCUAUCAAUGCAGCUAUUCAGCUUGCACAGACUACUAUGCGUAUUGCAAUUGGGAAAAUGACUCUUGACAAGACAUUUGAGGAAAGAGAAUCCCUCAAUGACGAGAUAGUGACAGGGCUCAACAAGGCUGCUACAGCAUGGGGCUUGGAGUGCCUCCGAUAUGAAAUAAAGGACAUAACUCCUCCUCGUGCGGUGAGGGAAGCUAUGGAGAUGCAAGCAGAAGCAGAACGCAAAAAGAGAGCUCAAAUUCUCGAGUCUGAAGGAGAAAGACAGGCAAACAUAAACAUUGCAGACGGAAAGAAGAGUGCUAUAAUAUUAGCAGCAGAAGGAGAAGCACAGUCCAUCCUUGCUAAAGCAAAUGCAACAUCUCGAGGAAUUACCCUUGUGUCAAAGACUCUCAAGGAAAGUGGCGGUGCAGAGGCAGCUGCCUUGAAAAUUGCUGAGCAGUAUGUCGAAGCCUUUGGUAGUAUUGCCAAACAGGGCACAACAGUGUUGCUUCCUAGUGCUUCAAAUAAUCCUGCUGGCAUGAUUUCUCAAGCACUAACAAUCUACAAAAGCUUGGUUAAUGAUCCUUCCACUAUUGCAAAAAUUGGAGGCACGAAAGGUGAUACUUCCUCAGAAGGAUCUGAGCAUGGGAUUCGACUGAUUGAGGAAACAGUUGAUGAACAUAACGAUGCAAAGGAACCAGGGUUUUCGCUUCAAAACCGCAAGAAAGGAGCAUAG